AUGGAACCUCCACCUCUCGAACACUACCAGCUUGCUCGCGAUGACCGCUUUCGACCUUGGUGGGUAUCCAACCGCCCAACUGUGAUCUACAACUUUUAUACCCAUGUCACCAAUGUCAAGGAGGCUUCACAAAUCCUACGACGGCAAUUCAGUGGCAACACAUCCAUGGCGAUCCGAGGAUUGACACCUGGUGCCUAUAAUGAAGAAGAGAAGGCAUGGGUGGCAUUGGAAGUGGCAUUCACACCAGAAAAGUCGCGUCUAUUGGCAUUGAAACGAGGUGUCAGGCUUCCAGCUGAUAUGAUUACUGCUAAACAGCAUCCUGUUACUGUUGUACCUGCCAUUCGAUCCAACGCUGCUGGUUCAUACAUGAUCAUGCGUUUUCAAGGUCUUCCAAUGACAACAUCCGAUGAUGGCGACCUGCCCAUGGCAACAGCAUUCAAGAUACGCCGAUCAAUCCGCACACUCUUUCGUAGCUGGAAACAAGAUCAAGAAGAUGGUGUCUCUCCGCCCUUGGUGCUUGAUGCAUUCCCUGAAUUGUUGGGUGAAGACGAAGAUGUCUAUCAAGGCUCAGUUGUCGUAUUGAUUGAAGGAGAUCAUUAUAUACCACAAAAGGAUAUGGAACGAGGCACGGCAUACAUCGCUGCUUACGACACCUAUUUCCCCUUUGAAGCAUUAACAUACCAUUACGCCGCUUAUUGUCGAGAUUGUCGCACCAUUGAUAGCCACACAACUGAUAAUUGCAAGUUUUUCAAUCCUUAUUAA